AUGAUAAAGAACACAAAAAGGCUAAAUAGUAGUGAUGAAGGAGAAGACAGUUCUGACGAGGAUAAUCAUGUUGAUAAAGAUUUAUUUGCAGAUAAUGUUCCGGUGAUUCCACUAGAUCCUAAAGAUGAAAAAAAUUUAAGGAAUCGACUUGAUGCUUUAAAAAAUAAGGGAGAAGAAAUGAAACGAGGUGUUGUCUACCUUGGAAGAAUUCCGCACGGAUUUUAUGAAGAAGAAAUGCAUGCUUAUUUCAGUCAAUUUGGUAAAAUUGUACCAGAAGAACAAAUCCAUGAAAACCUUUGGGUAGGUGCCAACAAGAAAUUCGUCCCGGUGGAUUAUAUAAAAAUCGAAGCGAAAAAGCAUAAUCGGAAAAAAACGCCGGAGGAAAAAGAACGUCAAAAUCAACGAUUACUUUUAAAAGAUUCCGAGAGGAGAAAAAAUUUGCAAAAAUUGGGGAUCGAAUAUGACUUUCCAGGAUAUCAAUUGAAACAAGAACCAAAACCUGAACACGGAAAACACAUUAUUUACGAAAAAGGAUCAGAUUCAGAGUCUCAUGAUGAGAGAUUAUAA